AUGCUGCACAGCGCCAGUCUUUUGCUUGUCUCGCUCCUUGCGGCACUACCUGUUAACGCCGAUGGACUAUACACCAAGAAUUCGCCGGUGAUCCAGUUGAAUCCCAAAACCUACAAAUCGCUUAUUGCGAAUUCGAAUCAUACAUCGAUCGUCGAAUUCUACGCGCCCUGGUGCGGCCACUGCAAGAACCUCAAGCCUGCCUUUGAAAAAGCCGCGAAAAACCUCGACGGACUCGCGAAAGUCGCCGCAAUCAACUGCGACGAUGACGAAAACAAGCCCUUCUGCGGACAGAUGGGUGUCCAGGGCUUCCCGACCCUGAAGAUCGUGACCCCUUCCAAAAAGCCCGGAAAGCCCCGUGUCGAGGACUACCAAGGCGCCCGCACCGCCAAAGGUAUCGUCGACGCAGUCGUCGACCACAUCCCCAACCACGUGAAGCGCGCAACAGACAAGGACCUGGACAAAUGGCUCGGAAAAAACGAGGACCGGCCCAAGGCCAUUCUCUUCACAGAGAAGGGCACAACAGGCGCGCUGAUCCGCGCCCUGGCAAUCGACUUCCUCGGCGCAAUUGACAUCGCCCAGGUACGGAACAAGGAAUCCGCCACCGUGAACAAGUACGGCAUCACCGAGUUCCCGACGCUCGUCCUCAUCCCCAGCACUGACGCAGAGCACAAAAUCUACACCGGCGAGCUGAAAAAGAAGCCAAUCAUCGAGUUCCUGAGCCAAGCGGCGACACCAAACCCAGACGCGUCGUCCCGUUCCGCCUCCGACAAGCCCAAGCCGAAACCAAAGUCAAAGUCCAAGUCCGCUUCCAAGCCUACCUCCGUCGCCGACGACGCAGAAGACCUCAAACCCACUGCAUCCCAGGACCAGGACACAACAGAACCCUCUGUCAAGCCCGCUCAGGUCCCCAUCUCCGUACCCCCAAUUCCAACCCUCUCCACCCCCGAAUCCCUCGAAGCAGCCUGUCUCGCACCAAAGUCAGGCACUUGUGUGCUAGUCAUCCUCCCCGAGACGAGCGAGCCCGACGCCGCGCUCCCAGCGUCUGCUACCGAGGCGCUCGCGAACGUCGCGGAGAUCGGCCACAAGCACGCCCAGCGUGGAACGCAUCUCUUCCCGCUGUAUGCUGUCCCUGCUGUCAACACUGGGUCCAAGACUCUGCGUGAGGCAUUAGCCUUGGCUGAUGGCCAGACUGUUGAGAUUAUCGCGUUGAAUGCGCGUCGUGGCUGGUGGCGUCGGUUCAGCGGUGCCGAUGGAGACUUUGGGGCUGUUGCGGUCGAGUCUUGGGUUGAUGGGAUUCGGUUGGGUGAAGGUGCUAAGGAGAAGUUGCCUGAGGGUAUUGUUGGUGUUGAGGCUGAGGCUGAACCCGAGGCUGAGGUUAAGACUGAGGCGGAAGCUAAGGUUGAACCUGAAGCUGAGACGGUUGAGACAGAGGCCGUGGAGCAUGAUGAGCUGUGA